GCACAGGUCUGUAUUGGCAUAUGCAGCGAAGUGUGAUGUUGUAUCUAAAGCAACAGGACAACUACGAAUCCUGGAUGAAAAACUGUGGCAGAUCUCUACAAAGAGAGAAGUAGAUUUAAUAAUCUGGACUGAGUGAGACACGACUGACACUGGACCAAGAAUGGAUAGCUCAGAGGAGGAAGAGUUCACUGACGCCAACGAUACGUUCCCUGAGCCUGACAGUGAGGAGAAGGAUCCCUCAACAACACAGUCUAACUAUGUUUCUCCACCAGAAGAAGAAACACCUCUCAGUUCAGGCACAAGGACUGUUUCAGAUCCCUGCAGUGACCCACUCAGAGGCAGUGGGACCAUGGAGGACUCCAGCACUGUAGAUGUUCAGGGCAGUACUGGAACCAGAAAUACGCCAAUCGGAACAUCUGCCAAUACACAGACACAACUGCAGACCUUGUUGGAGGAUCUGGGCUUGAAGCAGCACUACACAAAGAAGCUAACACUGAGCAAAAUACUCCAGAUUGACCUGAAGGCCAUCACUGAUGAACCUGCCAGGUGUCCCUCAGAUCUUCCAUGGUAUUUCUUAAAGAAACUAAUGAUGGUUAAUGUGACAGCGAGAAAUUUACAAUCAGAAUGUGAAUCAUCCAAUGACGGCGCAACAGAAACAACUGAAUCUGACUUUGAUAAUCUGUGCGACAUUACAGACUCAGGUGACAAGGUAAACCCCCUUGACGUAAUCACUGCUCUCUUUCUGUGUUCUGAUGGGUUUGUGCAACAGGAAAUGGCCCUCAAAAUGUCCAUGUGUCAGUUUUCUGUGCCUCUCCUGCUUCCAGAUUGUGACACAGAUCAGUGCAAACUCAUGCUUUGGGCCAUGAGAGACAUUGUUAAAACCUACAGACCUCAGUCACUUUUACAAUCCAAGGGUUUUACUGAAGAAAGAAUUGUUCUCUCUGAAAUUCCAAUGAUAUCUUUUGUGAGACUGGGGGAAUGUUCCAUGUCCAAGUCAGAGAUUCUCAAUAAGCUUUUAAGCAAUUCUGAAGAGUACCAUGACUAUUUUGUUCACCAUGAUAUGAAGUGUGGUGACACCCCCAGAAGCAUAUCCAAUGGACUGACUGAAAUAACUUGGUACCUUCCUUCCGGCAAAAAAAACAUAGAUUUUUUCAGUGAGCCAUUAGCUGUAGCUAACCUUCGUGGGGACAUUGCCUCAUUUGAAACUCAGUUUUCAUUCUUGUGUCAGACAUCUGCAGCAGUGUUUGUGUUCUUUGACAAUUUGGACCCUGAGUGCAAGCUGCUAACCAACCUCCACCACAAGACACAAAUGUUUUUGGUCGGUAACCAACAAAGCAAAUGCUUUAGUAUGGAUGCUCUCAAAACAGUAGCAACAAAGCUGGGCUUGAGUAAAGACAACAUCAUUAUAAAGACCAAGCAGAAAAAUUAUGCAGACUUUGUCCAAGGAUUGCGGAAAAAAGUCAACGAUGUUAUUCAGAAAUCAAAGAAGAAGAUGUGCAUUGAGAAGAUGGCUGACAUUGCCCCUGAAUUGGGAAUCUUGGUUGAUGAAGACUGUCCAGAAUGUCAGACUGCCAAGGAAAAUGCAGAUGCCAUAACAUCAGAAAUUCAAAACACCCUUGACUACAAAGACACUCAGCUACCCUUGCAUGGCGAAAUAUGGAAGGAGUUGACAAUUUUAGAGAAGGAAGAGUUUCGACUAAAAAAUCUUGGAUCUGAAGACAUAGAAAUGUACAAAGCAGGGCUUCAGAAAGAGAAAAGAAAACUUCGGAAGAAGCAGAGCUCUGUAAACAUGUCAGAUGCCAUGAUGUUUUUCAUCAGUGCAAUAUCAAGCCCAGGCAUAGAGAGACGUUAUUUCCUGAAAUGGAUGCGAAUGAACCUUGAUAACCUGUCUCGAGAAAAACUGUCUGGCCUCAGGAAGCAGUACAAAGAAAAAUGCAAAGAUGCAGUCAACAAAGAGGCCAUCAAAGACAUUGAUAAAGAGCUUUCCAGCAGCUCACUGGGAACUGAACACUUCUUCCGUGAAAUGGGUCAGAUUUAUGAAGCUUCAGUUUCCCUUCCAGAACAAGAUCUGUCACGUAAACAACUACAGCAUCUGCCCCAAAUCUGUGCAGGAUUGUUGCUUGAUGGAUUUCCCCUGGAGCUUGUAGAUGGAGAUGCAUCCAACAUACCUCUCACAUGGGUGAGUGAUGUUCUCUCCCAGCUCAAUGAACUGGUGUCUCCAAAGAACAAGAUACUGGUUGUCACGGUUCUUGGAGUUCAGAGCACAGGAAAGUCCACUCUUCUUAACACCAUGUUUGGAGUGCAGUUUGCAGUCAGCACUGGCCGAUGCACUCGAGGUGCUUUUAUGUUGCUCAUCAGAAUCGAUGAAGAUGUCAAAAAAGACCUCAACUGUGACUUCAUGGUCAUCAUUGACACUGAGGGCUUAAAGUCAGCAGAGCUUGCACAACUGGAUGAUAGCCAUGAGCACGACAAUGAGCUUGCAACACUUGUUGUGGGGCUGAGUGACAUCACCAUUGUCAAUAUUGCAAUGGAGAAUUCCACACAAAUGAAGGACAUCCUACAGAUAGUUGUGCAUGCGUUUCUCAGGAUGAAAGAGGUGGGCAAAAAGCCUAAAUGUCAGUUUGUUCACCAGAAUGUGUCAGAUGUUUCAGCCAAUGAGAACACCCUAAGAGAGAGGAAACUGCUCUUGGAUCAGUUAAACGAGAUGACACAGGCAGCAGCCAAAAUGGAGAAGAAAGAAAAGAACACCUGCUUCACUGAUGUCAUGGACUACAAUCCAGAAACCGGGAACUGGUACAUUCCUGGACUCUGGAAUGGAAACCCACCAAUGGCACCAGUCAAUGCAGGGUACAGCGAAGCUGUAUAUCAGUUCAAGAAAAACAUCACACAGAUACUAGGAAACUGUGAGUCCUCUGCUAAUGACAUCUUGAAGUUUAAAGAGUGGAUGUCAAGCCUGUGGAGAGCAGUGAAGCAUGAAAACUUCAUCUUCAGCUUCAGAAACAGUCUAGUGGCUGAAGCAUACAUGAGGCUAUGCACAGAAUUCAACAAUUGGGAAUGGGACUUCAAAGAAUCCAUAUACAAGUGGAUAACAAAUGCUGAAACAAUUAUCUCAAAUUUAGGAACACCUGCUUCCAAAUCUGAAAUAGUUGACAUGAAAGAACUCAUCUUGACUUUGAAAAUUGAAGUUUUCACAAAGCUGACGGAAUUGGAGGAAGAGCUUCUUGAAAAACUGAAAAACUAUUUCGAGCAAAAAGACGGCCAUGUCCAUCUCGUAGAAAGAUACAAAAAGGACUUUGCAAACAGUGCAAGGAGUCUUCGACUAGACAUGCAGAACUCUGUGUAUAGUCAACUCACAGCAGCGGCUGAAAUCAAACAGGGACAGACAGAAGUUCAAAAAAUCAAGGAAAAUCACACAAAAGAAAUUGAAGAAGCAGUGUGUGCACUGAUCGAUGAAUGUCGAAAGAAAAACAUGCAGAUGGGAGAUGAAGAACUGAACCAAGAAUUUGAUGUUAUGUGGAAAGAAACAGUAAAGAAACUGUCUUUUCCCAAACAAAAGCCAACAAAUGUCUUCACCAGUGUCGCCCACUACUUAAGAAUAAAUCUCAAAGACAAAGGGAGUCAUGCAUGUGCAUUGCUGAGUCAAAGAAACCUGCAAGAUUGCGGCAAAACACCUUUCAAAUAUAAAGCCAAAGGAUGGUUGGAAGGGGCUAAAAAGAUAGUGAGCAAUGUGAUACCCAUUCAAGAUCCCACAAUCAGGGUACAAAAGAUAGCUGACAACAUCAUAGAUGAAUGCAAUCAGUAUGUGCAAGAAAAAGUGAAAACAGAUGCACCUGAAGCAGAUGCAAAAGAAACUAAAAACUACUCUGAUGCUUACAUCCAGGAGAUCCUUCGCAUAAUUGAUGAGAGGCUGCAAAAGAAUCGGGAUGUAAACGUAAACAUUGAGUUUGAAGUUUCUCUGAAACAGCACAUCUGUGGCAUUGCAGCCAGACACUUUCAGAAAAUGCACGAAGAUUUCUUAAAGGAGAAUGACCCUCACUUAUGUCUGAACAAAAACAAAAAACAGUUUUGUGAUAGUUUUAAAGAUGUGUUCCAUCAAAGAGACCAGAGCCAGAAGAAGGCAGAAGAAUUCACCAAACAAUGUUUGAAGCCUGCAGUUGAAAACUUUGUCUACAGUAAACUGGGUCCUGAUAUCAUUCAUGAAAUGAGGAAACAAUCACAGUUCAUUGCAAGAGUCUACUCCCAGAAUGACAUUUUACUGGAUUUGCUCUCAAAGCACAGCUUUAGUGAGUACGUAAGGUACAUUCAGUCAUAUGAGGGAUAUGUAAAGGAGUGGAUACUCGACCAAACCGUGAAACACUUAUCAAAAGAUUCUAAGAUGUUUGAGCUAGUGGAUCAGCAUCUUGACUCAAGUAUCAGCAGCAUAAAGGAUGCAAUCCACAAGGCCACAAAGACAACAAGUGCUGACUUGAAAACAUUCAUUAACAACUUCUGUCAGGAACUUGGUGAUACACUGGUCAUUUCCCAAGAUGCGCUUGGGGCUUUCAUGAUCCUGAACAAAGCAAACCAGGAGCAGUUUGCUCACUGGUUCACAGAGUUUGUGGAUAAAAUGGAAAAAGCUCUGAAGCAAGAGUUUAAAAUAAGAGACAUCCAGAUGAUACUUAAACAUCUUGAUGUCAAGCCCCAGAAUGAGCUUUUCACACAAGUGAUUGGAUGUGGUAAACAGUGUCCCUUCUGUGCAGUGGCCUGUGUGUCUGGAGGUGGUAACCAUACUGUGCAUACGGCUCCACUGCAUAGGCCAAAUGGUCUGAAUGGAUACAGGUGGGAGAAAACAGAAAAACUAGCCACUGACAUAUGCUCGUCAUUAGUGGUGAGCGACAUCCGAUUCAUCUGUGAUGCUCCUAAAGGUGAAUAUCACUUUUACAAAAAUUACAGAGUUAUUUUCCCAGACUGGAACAUUCCUCCAGAUGGAAGCUACGAGGCAUCAGACUACUGGAAAUAUGUAAUGGCAAAGUUCAAUAAGCAGUUUGCAGAAGAAUAUGGUGCAAAGCCUGCUGAUAUUCCUACAACCUGGAAAAAGAUUACACAUCUGCAGGCACAACAGAGUCUCAAAGGGUCAUUUAACAUCAGCUGAGAGACAACAUGCUAUCUGAUUAGAGAAGUGAACCUGAUUAAAUCCACUUUGUUGGCACUAUCAUUGAGACACAACUUCCGCUAGGGAUUUCCUCCUGAAAUACCUGCAAAUGGAUUUUCCUUGGUACGUAACAGCUCAGGACAGCCCGAGGACAUUAACAGUUCCCAUGUGUCAACACGAAUCAGCUGCUUUUCGUUAGUAUCUCGACUGAGAACGACGGGGGGGGGCUUGUGUUGAGUGUAGCAUGUUAGCCUGUUGUCUCUCGUAAUAAAACACCAACAGGCAGAGCUUUUGAGAAUGGUGUGUAUUGUUCCCAAUGUGCUUCAAAGCGUCAUAUCAAUGUAUCAAUGUUAAUUAUAAUGCUAAUGCUACUGGAUACGCUAGUUGCUCGCUUGGUUAUGGAUAUUUUUUGAUGUAACACCAGUUGCUAGACUGGUUCAAGGAUCAGCUGAAUGUGUGUUUAAGUAGAAAAGCUGCUUCUGUUGAUAUUCACACCAUUCAGUUUUAGUUAAUUCACUCUAAUAUGUUAUUUGAAACACUUCCGUGUUACUGUACUGACUUUUAGUUCUGUAGUGAUGUAUAAAAUCGUAUUCCGUCGAUUUUGAACAUCCAAUACAUCAAAAUGGCGAUUUAAAAACGAUUGUAAAUGGAUCUGUUACAGUUAAAGAGUGAUUCUUCAUUAUACUGCUAAAAUUUCAAUUCAAUUUUUUGUAAUAUAUCACGAUUAAUUGGUUAAUGUAAAAUGUUGUCAUGAGACUUUUGGGACUUGCUUUAAUAUUACUGUGACUGCGAUAUGUUGAAAACAGAGGGAGAAUAGAAUAACUUACCGAGAUCCAGCACAUCCCUCAUACAAGUGAUGAGAAACGAUGAGAAACAAUGAGGAUGUAAGGACAUACAGUUAGAAAUUUCUCUAUAACCGCAAAUCCGUUGAGUGACAGCCAGACAGAUUUAAGAUUUUCUUCACGAGAAUAACACUUUCACAUGUCUGAAAAAAAAACAACUGUACACUGGGUCCUGAUGUCGUUAAAUAAUAAUAAUAAUAAAAAAAACGAGUCAGGGUUCAGUGUGUAGAAGUUAGUGACAUCUAGUGGUGAAGUUAAAUGUUGUAGCUGAACACCCUCACAUCACCGUCCCCUUCCAAACAGGAAAGAGAACCUGUGGAAGUAAAAACUCAAAAGGUUUUUAGUUUGUCCAGUGUGGACUACAGUAAAAAAACAUGGUGGCCUCCAUAGAGAGGACCUGCUCCUGAUAUAAAUAUAAACUAUUUCUAUAUAAAGGGCCCCUUCUAGGGUAAAGAAAAUUACAAUUCUUACAACUUUGAAUAAUUUGUAAUAAUAAUCAAAACAAUGGAUGUUUGUUGUGUUGAUGUGUUGCACUGGACAACAUGUUUUGAACUUGAGUCUAUGUGUUGCAAUUGCAGAAAUUUUAACAAUAAUGUUUUGGUGUGAAUUCUGUUGCAUUUGAUACCUAUUUUAAAAUGAAUGUGAAAAAAAUAAUAUUUGUUGUACUAAUAAUCAGAUUCAUGAUAACUUGUUACAUAGCAUAGUAUACUUAUAAUAAAGGAAAUGUAAUGGAUAUGUGGAGUUUUUUUCAAUAACCAAUAACUGUCUGAAUAAAGAAACAAAAUCA